UAACUAUAAGAUUGCUAGCGCCCUCUUUAUAUUUCUUUGCGCUGAUAUCUGAAAAGUAAACGCAGCGUCUUUCCUUUCCGAGUCUGGGUUCGCGUUCUGCGUGAAUGCUAGCGAGAUGAAGCUCAACAUCUCCUAUCCAGCCACUGGCUGCCAGAAGCUCAUUGAAGUUGACGAUGAGAAAAAAGUACGCAUUUUCUACGAGAAGCGUAUGGGCCAGGAAGUUGAGGCCGACGCUCUCGGCGAUGAAUGGAAGGGUUACGUAGUACGCAUCUCUGGAGGCAACGACAAGCAGGGAUUUCCCAUGAAGCAGGGUGUGCUGACUGCUGGACGUGUGCGACUGCUCCUGUCCAGCCACUCAUGCUACCGACCACGGCGUACUGGCGAGCGCAAGCGCAAGUCGGUGCGCGGCUGCAUUGUUGACUCCAACCUCAGUGUCAUCAGCUUGGUGGUCAAGAAGAAGGGCGAGCAGGAAAUACCAGGCCUGACUGACACGACACUUCCACGCCGUCUCGGGCCCAAGCGGGCUAGCAAGAUCCGCAAGUUGUACAACUUGUCCAAGGAGGAUGAUGUGAGGCAGUACGUCGUGCGCCGCCCACUGCCCCAGAAGGAGGGCAAGAAGCAACGCUCCAAAGCGCCCAAGAUCCAGCGCCUCAUCACGCCGGCCAUGCUGCAGCACAAGCGUCGCCGUGUAGCUCUCAAGAAGAGGCGCACCCAAAAGCGUAAGGAGGAGGCCGCCGACUACGCCCGCCUCCUGGCACAGAGGGCCAAGGAAGCCAAGGAGAAGAGGCAGGAUAAGAUCCGUCGACGCCGCUCCGCUUCUCAUAGCCAGAGCCAGUCAUCCACCCAUGUCAAGUAGGCCAAUAAAAAUUAUACCAGGCUUUGAAA